AUGAUUUUAUUCGCCAAGAAGUCUCGCAAGGCAGCGGUGAUCGGGGGCGGGCUCCUGGGGCUGGAAGCAGCGAAAGCCGUCUACGACCUGAACCAGGAGACACACGUGCUGGAGAUGGCCCCGUACCUGAUGCCUGCACAGCUGGAUGCUCCUGGCGGCAAGGUCUUGGGCGAGAAGAUCAAAGACAUGGACAUCCGUGUCCACACCAGUGCGCGCUUGAGCAAGGUGGUGGUCGAGGACGGCGUGCUGAAGGGUAUCCGCCUCACCGACGCAGACAACGCCGAGGAGUACCUCCUGGAGUUCGACAUGUUGGUGGUGAGCGCCGGCAUUCGCCCGCGUGACGAGUUGGCGCGGUCGAGUGGGUUGUCGGUUGGCCAGCGCGGAGGGGUUGUGGUGAAUGAUCGCAUGCAAACCAGUGACCCCAAGAUCUUUGCGCUGGGCGAGGUGGCCUGUCACAAGAACCUCUGCUACGGGCUCAUUGCCCCUGGCUGGGACCAGGCCUCCGUUUUGGCUAAGAACUUCGAGCAUGCGACAUGGGAGAUGAAGUCCAAGGACAAGGAGGAAGCUGAGCCACCGCUCUACACGGGCAGCGAUCUCUCCACGAAGCUGAAGCUCUUGGGCGUUGACGUGGCGUCCUUUGGUAGCUCCCUGGAUUUCUGGUUCAAGAGACAGUGCCAUGACAAGGAAGCCAAAGAGCAGGGCUUGAGCUCCACGGUGCAGUUGGAUCCUUUCAGCGGCUUGUACCGAAAGCUCGUCUUCCAUGAGCAGACUCAGAAGCUCAUGGGGGGCCUCUUGGUUGGCAACGCGGACGAUUAUUUCAGCUUGCUGGGCCUCGCGAAGCAGGAUGACUUGGGCAAGAAGGCCCCAGUGGAUCUCUUCCUAGGCGGCAACUCGGAGGAGAGCGUAGAUGACUUGAAGGACGACGCGAUCGUCUGCCUGUGCCAAAAGGUCACCAAAAAGGACAUCGUCGAUGCCGUCAAGGAACAGGAUUGCAUGACGAUUCCUGACAUCAAGCGAUGCACCACUGCGGGAGCUGGCUGCGGUGGCUGUGUACUUGCCACUGGCUUCGUGCCCAAGAUCUUGAAGACCACGCUUGAGGCCUGUGGCAAGAAGGCCUUCACAGGAAUCAGCCCGAACUUCCCCUUCACGCGCAAGGAGCUCUUUGACAUCAUCAAGACCAAGGAGCUGAAGACCUGGGAGGAGGUCGUAGAGACCUGCGCGCGGGUUGGCAAGAUUGCUGAUCUGAAGAAGGGCCUGGGAGGAGACGAGGUUUGCAAGCCCGUGGUAGCCUCAAUUUUGGCAUCCCUCUGGCAGGAGAACCCGGUGAAGGAUGGCCUGAACAUGUUGCAGGACACCAACGAUCGGUUCUUAGCCAACAUCCAGCGCUCGGGCCAGUACUCGGUGAUCCCACGCGUCCCUGGGGGUGAGCUGACGCCCGACGAGCUCAUCUUGAUGGGCACCGUGGCCAAGAAGUACAACCUCUGGACCAAGGUCACAGGAGCCCAUAGAGCCCAGCGCAUUGGCCUCUUCGGUGCUAACGUUUGGCAGCUGCCAGACAUCUGGGAGGAGCUGUGCUAUGGAAAGAGUGCUUACGCGUCCGCAGAUGGCAAGGUCCUGACCAAGGUGGACACGGAUGGCAUGGAAUCCGGACACGCCUACGGCAAGGCUUUGCGAGCAGUGAAGAGCUGCGUCGGGACCAGCUGGUGUCGCUUCGGUGUGCAGGACUCUGUCGGCAUGGCCAACCGCAUCGAGCAGCGCUACAAGGGCUUCCGCGCUCCGCACAAGUGGAAGAUGGGCGUCUCGGGCUGCAUGCGCGAGUGUGCCGAGGCCCAGGGCAAGGACAUCGGCCUGGUCGCCACCACCAACGGCUGGAAUCUCUACAUCUGCGGCAACCACGGCACCUCGCCGAAGCACGCCACGCUCUUCAUGACGGACAUCUCCGACGAAGAGGCCAUCAAGUACAUCGACCGCGUGAUGAUGUACUACACCUUUACGGCCGACCCACUGACAAGGACCUCCAAGUGGCUGGAGAACCUGGAGGGCGGCAUCGAGUUCCUUAGAGAGGUCGUCGUCGACGACAAGCUGGGCGUGCCAGCCGCGUUUGAGCAGUUCGCCAACGUCGAUGACAAGAAGUAUGGGGAUUUGGAGUGGACCGCCCAGCGCAAGCAGAAGAAGAUCGCGGUGGAGGACCUGCCCACCGUCAUUGGCCCAGCAAAGAUCGGCAAAGGCAAUGCCGACGCGUCCUGGCGCUGGGUCGAUGUGGGCGAGGAGAGUGCCUUCCCGGCCAACGCCGGCUUUGCGGUGAAGGUCAGCAACUCGGAACUGGCCGUCUACAACCACAUUGCUGCUGGCAAGUGGUAUGCUACCCAGAACUCGUGCCCCCACAAGCAGCUGCAAGUGCUCUCCCGUGGAAUGAUCGGCUUUCAGGGCGAUGUGCCAAAGGUGGCUUGCCCGAUCCACAAGAACACCUACAACUUGGAGACCGGGAAGGGCAUCAGCAAUGCAGGCCUCAACUUGGCCAACUUCGACGUAAAGCUGGAGAACGGCCGC